AUGGUAGGUUCAAAUAUCCAAAGGUUUACAGAUGAACUUUUCCAGCAUGCCAAAAAAACCUAUCCCUCCGAGAAGAUGGCAGAGUUCAGGAAGUCUGUAGAUGCCGUCGCAAGCACUCUUACAGCACUGCACCAAGUCGUCAAAGGAGCCACGGACGUACGUGGCAUUCCUAUCGACUCGGUAUUAAAAGAAAUUGGAGGUGCCUUCUGUGUACUAUUCACAGAGCUUAAAGAGCAGUUUCCGCCACCCGGGGAGGCUCCCGGUCAUGAGAAGCGCAUGAUCAUGAUUAACACGGUUCUUGAUCGCUUUGAGGAGAUUUUUCUACCAGUUGCCAUCAAGUACGGAGCGACCGAAGAACUGCUGAAAAAUCACACCAGUUCUCUCAAGUCCAGUGUUCGACAUAUUGUGGUGACCAUCGGAGACAUUCAUGAACAGCAUCCAGAGCUCGCAUGGACCCUCUCAUCCAUUGCGACUGGCACACUUGCACAGGGGCUUAUUGUCACGACUCUCCGCAUAUUUGGGCUUGGGGCAUCGGGACCGGUUAAAGGGACUGCUGCUGCAUGGUUGCAAGCGUGGUUUUUUGGCGCAGCCGUUCCGCGGCGUAGCUGGUUCGCGGUACUUCAGCGGUUAACCAUGAGAGGUGCAAAGCUUUAAUUGGCUUGCAUGCUAGCGCGAGUUCUUGGAAUCUGGAGGUGUUUGAUCCCUGGGUCUGAUAUGUUUGCGAUUAGAUACUGAUACCUCAUGACGAGCUUGAAGUGUUUCAGAUUUCGCUUCGUAAAUGUCCUUGUUCGGGAGCGUCGCCAUCUCCAUAACGCUGAGCCCAGCGCCAAGUGCUCAGACCCAUGCCUGGAGCUUUUCGGUUUUCGGACCAGGCAGAUAUCUUUAGUGGAUAAGACAAGCAAGCUGGUUGACUUAUUAACUUACAACGUGGCAUACGCACCUUAGGAAGCAAGGGUCACAUGUCCAGAUUUCUCUCGUUGCCAAAGAUCAGAGCUCAGAUGACGAGUGAACUCA